AUGAGGAUCCUCCUCCGCUGCUGGACGCCGCUCAGGUGCCUCUGGCUCCCCAGGCCGGCCGGCCGGCUCCUUCACAAAGACCACCGGCUUCGGGCACCGCUGACCCUUGCGGACUUUGAAGCCAUCAACCGCUGUGAGCGGCCCCUGCCCAAGAACUUCAACUUCGCCGGGGACGUGCUGGACCAGUGGUCUCAGAAGGAGAAGACAGGAGAGAGACCAGCCAACCCAGCCCUGUGGUGGGUGAGCGGCAAAGGGGAUGAGGUGAAAUGGAGUUUUGGAGAACUGGGAUCCUUGUCUCGAAAAGUGGCCAACGUGCUCACCAAGCCCUGUGGCCUGAACAGAGGCGACCGCAUCGCUGUGAUCCUGCCCCGCAUUCCAGAGUGGUGGCUCAUCAACGUGGCCUGCAUGCGAACCGGGCUUGUCUUCAUGCCGGGAACAAUCCAGUUGAGAGCCAAAGACAUCCUCUAUCGGCUGCAAGCAUCGAAGGCCAAGUGCAUCGUGGCCAGCGAGGAGGUGGCCCGGGCAGUGGAGUCCAUUGUGUCAGAGUGUCCCCACUUGAAAACCAAGCUCCUGGUGUCUCCGCAGAGUCGGGACGGCUGGCUCAACUUCCAGGAGUUGUUCCAAUCUGCCUCUGCAGAGCACAACUGCGUCGAGACAGGAAGUCAAGAACCAAUGGCCAUUUACUUCACCAGUGGGACCACAGGCCUCCCCAAGAUGGCCCAGCACUCCCAGAGCAGCCUUGGAAUCGGGUACACCAUCUGCGGAAGGUACUGGCUGGACCUGAAGUCCUCAGACAUCGUCUGGAACAUGUCCGACACUGGCUGGGUCAAGGCUGCCAUCGGCAGUGUGUUUUCCUCCUGGCUUCAUGGAGCCUGUGUGUUUGUGCAUCAGAUGGCUCAGUUCAACACAGAGACCUUCCUAGAUACACUCACCUCUUAUCCCAUCACGACCCUGUGCAGCGCUCCGACUGUGUACCGGAUGCUCGUGCAAAAAGAUCUUACGAGAUACAAAUUCAAGGAGCUGAGGCACUGCUUGACAGGCGGGGAGCCGCUGAACCCUGAGGUGCUGGAGCAGUGGAAGGCGCAAACUGGACUGGAGCUGUAUGAGGGCUAUGGGCAGACGGAAGUGGGAAUAAUUUGUGCCAAUCAGAAAGGACAAGAAAUUAAACCAGGCUCGAUGGGGAAAGGAAUACUACCCUAUGAUGUCCAGAUUAUAGAUGAAAAUGGCAACAUUUUACCCUCUGGCAACGAAGGGGAAAUUGCCCUCAGACUAAAGUCUACACGGCCCUUCUGCUUCUUUACUGAAUAUGUGGACAAUCCCAAGAAAACUGCCGCCACAAUACGAGGGAAUUUUUAUGUCACUGGAGACAGAGGCAUGAUGGACAGUGAUGGGUAUUUAUGGUUUGUCGGCAGAGCUGAUGAUGUCAUCAUAUCCUCCGGGUACCGUAUUGGCCCCUUUGAAGUGGAGAGUGCGCUAAUUGAGCACCCAGCUGUUGUUGAAUCCGCUGUUGUCAGCAGUCCAGACCCAGUCAGGGGAGAGGUAGUGAAAGCUUUUGUUGUCUUAUCUGCUCCCUUUAAAUCAUCCAACCUUGAGAAAUUAACUCUUGAGCUUCAAGAUCAUGUGAAAAAAGCAACUGCACCUUACAAAUAUCCACGAAAGGUGGAAUUUGUGGAAGAGCUCCCAAAGACAGUCACUGGGAAAAUCAAACGCAACGUUUUAAGAGACCAUGAAUGGGGACAAACAUAGGCUGACAGAAAGCUAACCAAUGAAGUAGUUCCAAGCUUAUGUUCAAUCCUUGCGUCAUUUAACCGGCUACAUGGAAUGCUUAAGGUUUUUCCUGACUGAAAAACUUGAGCCUGUGUUUUGUACCUAGCUAAAAAUUAAGUAACAAUCCAAAACUAUUUGGGAGGAAA